CCCCUGUGUUGUGGUACAGCUGACUGUGCGUUGAGGUGGUGCAAGUGACUGUUUAUCUCGAGCAGUUUGAGACUCCGUAGCAAAACACUCGCUUGAAUCGCUCUUCGAGUUUCCGCCCUGUUUAGCCACAGAUAGUCAUUUACGCUACAACAUGGCCGAGACGGACCCCAAGUCGGUGCAGGACCUGACCAAUGUGGUCCAGACACUGCUGCAGCAGAUGCAGGACAAAUUCCAGACCAUGUCAGACCAGAUCAUCGGGAGAAUCGAUGAGAUGAGCACACGUAUCGAUGACCUGGAGAAAAACAUUGCUGACCUGAUGACCCAGGCUGGUGUUGAAGAGAUUGAAGCAACACCAGAGAAAGCUAAAGAGGGUCAAGGAUCAUAAUGAAGGUUCCCAGAUCUAACGAGGCGCGAAGUCGGUCCUAUGUUCAGGAGCAGCAGACUUUUCCAAUCUGAAAUUUACUUCUAUUGAUUUGGUGUGUCGUUGUGUGAAAUGCUUUUUUAUAUAUUGAAUAUUGUGAAACGGUUACAGUUAUGUAAUGACUUGAAAAGUUGAACGUUAUUUGUAAGUUAGAAUAGUGUGAUAUGCCCUUCAGAACUUAACACGUGCAGGAAUGCAGAUUAUGGAUUUGGCGCACAAACCUAGAGGCUGUUUCACCUGAAAUCCCUCGAGGCGAUGGCUGACGGGGAAGAUUCGCCCCAGCCUGUACCGAGACGUACAACCUGCAGGCCAACAGGCCGGUACAACCUCCAUCCACAGCCAAGAUCUGAAGCUCGCAGUGUUUGACAAACAGCACUGUUACUACAAAGGUGUGGGACGCAUUCCAAUUCCGAUACUCUUCUACUCGAGCUAUUUAAUACACUGCUGUUUGUCAUGUAUGACAUAAUAAAUAUUUGGCCAGGUGCUGAGUGAAUUUUUAAAAAUACAACCAACUCUGAGGUGCUCA